UCAACAACUUGUUUUGAAUACUUUCAAUUUUCAAUAUGGCCGUUUAAAGUUGCAAUUUAACCGCAUGUUUCUUUUGCCGGUUCUCUUUAAAAAAAAAUUGAUCAGUUAUUCUUUAUUAUAAUGUCAUAUUAAGCCUAAGAAACUUGGCAAUUGGAUAAACAUAAACGUCAAUGAUGUCAGGUGAUAACGCGAAUGAAAUUCGUUCUGAACUUAACUCUCCAGCAAUAACUAGUAAAACAAGUACAAUUAAAAUUUCCCAGCAACGGAAUGAAGCUGAUUGCAAUGCAAGUAACGCAUCAGAUGUUCGUGAAAAUGUUAAGCUGUCCAAUGCCUACAAGGGAGCCGUAAUAAAUGGCAACCAGAAUGCAUCAGAUAGAGGCAUUUUUGUUGAGCAAACAUUAAACAGCACAACUUUAUUAGAUGAUGCAAUAACAAAUGUUCAGGAAAUUGCAUCCGAAGCGAUAGGAGAAGGCAAAAUUAUUAAGGAGUCUGCUGUCAUUGUUAACAAAGAAUCUGAUUCGUUGCGAAGUCUUCAUGUGUAUGAUGACUCUGAAGACAGCAAUAGUGAUAGCUGCAUAGAUGAGCAAGGGAAUACUGAUAAAGUCAAUGGCGAGCAAAAUUGGCGACAACCUGUUGAAGUGGACACAAGCGAUACUGAGAGUGAUUCCUCCACUGACUAUUCUUUAGAUGAGAACACAUCAGAUGAUGAUGCAAGUUCCAAGGAAUCAGUUAUAAUUCAAACUCCCAAAAGCAUUGUGAGAAGCAAUAAAAACAUGGACAUUCCUGAUGAGGAUUUGCUGCCACCAGUUCCAGAUUUUUCUCAGUUAAAUAUCAACCUGCUGGAAAAUGAUUUUAUGUUAAUUGGUCAAGUUGUAGGAAUCGUGAACAAAUUGGUGACUAUUGAGGCAUUUCCCAAUACGCCUGCUUUUGAUGUGGAAACUUUUUUAUUCAUCAAUCAUGAAUCCACCAAAAAGCCAAUAGGGGAGAUUUUUGAUAUACUGGGUCCUGUAUCUGCUCCCAUGUAUACUGUUCGUUUUAACAGCUUAAUGGAUAUUGAAAAUCUUGGAUUAAAACAAGGGGUGAAAAUUUUUGCAGCUCCUAAAAGUCAGUAUUCCAAAUAUGUGUUUGUCAGCCAGCUUAUGAAGAUGAAAGGUUCUGAUGCAUCCUGGCUUAAUGAUGAGGAACCACCACCAGAAUUACUUGAGUUCUCAGAUGAUGAGCAAGAGAUGCAAGCCCGUAAAAGUGCUAAACGAGCACAUAUUAAGAGGGCCCACAAUGAUAGUUUUACCCGUCAUCAGCAAUAUGAAAAAGCUAUGAAUCAGUGCAAUCUGCUUAAUACAAAAGUCUCUAGGUUGGUGGACGCUCGACGAAAUAUUUUCAGGCAGAGUAGUCCAUUUCGGGAUAUGGUGCAAGGAUAUCCUAUUUCGCCCGUACCUAACACGAUGAGGGUACUGGACUCAGUGUCCCACAUACCUCCAGCUUUUGAUCCAUCUGUCCCACCUCCAGGAUUUCCAUUGUUACAUUUUAUAGGUGAUUCAGCACCAUGGGGACCACAUUUAGAACAACGCCCAAUGCCAAACAUGAAUCCUCAUAAGGAUCACAGACAUUUUCCAGGACCUUCAUCCAAGGGGGUUUAACAUGUUUUUUUUGUUUUCGUUUGUUAAAUUAUUUACUUUUUGUUAUCAAUUGCGGCUGCUAAGUUUCUAAUUUCCAUUAUUUUUAAAGUUUUUGGUAGAGAGAGCCGCGAUAGGGUUUUUGUAGAAUUUGUACAAUGUUUUUACUAGGUUAAGAAUCGGUUGAUGCUGUUACCUUGCAAAUUGAUCAAAAAUUUUGAAAUAUACAUUUAUUUAGCAUAAAUGGUAUUCUCUAUAGCUUAUUAAUUA